AUGAAUAACACUUAGAUCACUGAUUCUUCUCUUCUUACUUUGAAAAGAGAAAUGUUUAGGAAUAAAAUUAGAAGGGAAUUAUUGGAGAAAAAGUUUAAAUACAAAAGAGCAAUGAAAAUGAAAGUUGUGUUUGAUUAAAUAGGGAAAAUUUAGGAAAUUAAGAAUAAUAAUAAAGACUCAGAUUAAGAUCAAUAUUAGAUCUCUGAAGAAAGUAAUGAUUAUUUUGCUGUAUUUUAAAUUGGGAGAGGAAGCAAAAGACAAAUAUUAACAUACAAAAUAUUAAAAUCAAUGAAAUUUUACUUAUAGAAAAAUACUAAUUAUUAAACUUAAAUGUUUAAAGUGUUUCAUUUUUGUGAAGAAUAGCUUUUAAAUUCUAAAUUAGAAAAUACAGAAUAUAUACCUCUUCUUGCUGAGAUAAUAUUUUUAUUAUAAAAUUAUUCAAAUAAAAUUGAGCCAUAAGUAAUUAUAAUUUAUAAUAUGUUUAGCCUAUAGUUGUAUUACUUAGAGCCUNA